AUGCAGGGCAGAGGCAUGGGUCGGGGCUCCCGCCCCUCCUAUGGGGCAGAUGGCGGCCUCUGCAGUCUGCACGGCAAGCGACGUGCGAUGCACGACCUUAUCCCGUGGAGUCAGCAGCCAGGCAAGUUUCGUUGUCUGCCGCACAAGGAGUGCCAGAUGAACCGCGACCGGCGCCACUCUGUCGGUGGUCCCGGCGGUGACCGGGGCGAGCGCACGAGUCGUGGCCGCGGCGGCGGCGCUGGGGGCGUGGGCGUUCGUGGGCGGUUGCCGAUGGCGCAGCGCGGGCGCGGUGCGAUGAUGCGGGACCGCGUGGGAGCUGGCCGAGGAGGCAUGCGGAUGCGUGGCCGCCGCGGUGACUUCCGCAUGGGCGACCGUCGGGACCACGGCGGCGCCAUUCGAGGCGAGUCAGCGAUCUGCCGCCUGCACCAACGCCGUCGUCCGAUGGGCAGCUUGAGGGAGGUCGGUGCAGGGGUCUACGAGUGUGUGGAGGGCAGCCGGUGCCGGCAGACGAUGGACCGGCCGAUGCGCGGCGGACUGGAGCGGCGCGGUCGCGUGCGGGACAACCGGGGGCCGUCAGCACUUUAUAGAACUCCGAAUGACCGAGACCGGCUUCGGCCGGUGCGGCGUGGCGAUCGCGCGGGGCCGCCGCCGCAGGAUCAGCGGUUUUACGACGCGAACGCGUCUGCCUGGACGCCGUCGGCGGGUGCGGGUGCUGGCGGCGGUGGCGGCGUGCGCCGUCGUUAUGGCCGUGUCGAGCGCAAGGUGUGGUGCGCGCUGCACGGCAAGUCGCUCCCGAUCAGUCUUUGCGAGUUUCUGCAAGACAGCUGCUAUGUCUGUCGCGACCCGAGCACGUGUCUGUCUACGCCGUUAGAGGAGGACACGAAUAGAUUGGUGAGCGGCAAGUGCGUGGAGCUGCUGUGCAGUUUGCACCACACGCUGCGCCACGUGGGAUUCUUAGAGCUGAACGAGAAGAAGGUGGCGUAUCAGUGUAUCGCGGGCCACGCCUGCCGGGGCGUGACGGUGCCACAUCUAGGCCGAGAUCCGGCGGCAGCGGCGGAGGUGAAGGCACCAAACGCCCCUGCCGGCGGUGACGUGGAAGACGACGACGGCAUCUACAUGGGCCCCCGCGUGGCGAACACGUUUCUGCCGCAGAAUGGAAGGGAGGCCGUGUCUUCGUUCUUUAUGUGA